AGAUUGAGAUGAAAAGUACAAUUGAUCAAGUCAAAUUCUUAUCAUACCAGAGUUGAACAUCUGUUUUCAUUAGCCAAUAAUCUCUCUCUCUCUCUCUCUCUCUCUCUCUCUCUCUCUCUUUCAUAUUUUUCUACUUGCAACCAAAAGUUGUCAUAAAUCUCUCACUCUUUCACCACCAACAGGAGAUGUAUGAUUCCUCUUCUGAAACACCAUGAACAACAACCACUUCAAAAACAUUCCAUUUCUUCUUCUUCUUCUUCUACUAAUAACCCAUCAAACACUUGGCCUCACAAUUGACGGCAUCCUCUUACUCUCAUUCAAAUACUCCGUUUUAUCAGACCCUCUUAACGUCCUUAACACAUGGAACUACUCCGACGAAUCUCCAUGCUCAUGGAACGGCGUCUUAUGCCAAACUUUCCUCACCGACACCCGCGUCACCGGAAUAUCACUCCCCAAUUCCGGACUCACCGCCUCCCUUCCCGCCAACUUAGGUUUAAUCGAACACCUUCGUGAAGUCAACUUAUCGAAUAAUUCAGUCAACGGAACCAUUCCAUUGUCGUUAUACAAUGCGGCUGAACUCGAGUCUCUUGACUUAUCAAAUAAUUUAAUCUCCGGCGAGAUUUAUGAGUUCGUUGGCGGGUGGAAGAAUCUUCGGAUUCUUAACGUUUCCGGUAACUUGUUAGCCGGAAAACUGCCGGUAAACCUUGCAUUGCUUCCCAACUUAACGGUGGUUUCGUUGAAGGGUAAUUAUUUUUUCGGUGAGAUCUCCGGUGGGUUUGAUUCGGUUAAAGUUUUGGAUCUGUCGAGUAACUUCAUCACCGGAAAGUUACCGGAACAUUUUGGUGGUGGGGAUGUUGAAUACUUUAACAUUUCACACAACAAUAUUUCCGGCGAGAUUCCGGAAGAAUUCGCGAACAGAUUCUCAACAAACGCGACAAUUGAUUUGUCGUUUAAUAAUCUGACGGGUGCAAUUCCGGAAUCUAGUGUUUUCUUUAACCAAACUGAACCAUCGUUUGCCGGAAAUCCGGAGCUUUGUGGGAAACCGUUGAAAAAUUUAUGUGUGGUUCCUUCGUCUUUUUCUACUCCACCUAAUGUGUCCUCGGAUUCGACAACGUACCCUCCGGCUAUCGCGGGUAUCCCUGAAACGAUCCCGUCGUCUCGUUCGAGCAAUUCGUCGGAUACGGAUACGGAUACUUCGUCGAAAACCCGGUUUAAAACGAGCACGAUUGUGUGGAUCGUGGUUGGAGACGUCGCGUUGGUAGCGGUUUUGGCGAUGAUUUUUGUUUACAUUAUGAAAAAACGUCAACGCGAUACAUCAACUGAUCAGCAGAACAACAACAAAGGUCCAAGUAAGGAUAACGAUUGGGCAGCAUCAUCGGAAGAUGACGAGCGUAAAACGUUACGCUCAUGGGGAUGUUUGAUGAAGAGAAAAAGCACUGAGGGCGAAGAAUUAAGCGAAAUUUCAAGCUCGGAAGGCUCGGAUACCGAAAUGGCGCAAUCAGAGAAGGAUAAACCCGACGAUUUGACAGGAAAAGAAGGGGAGAAGAAGGGGUUGGUGACGGUUGACGGGGGCGAUAAAGAGUUGGAGCUAGAGACGUUAUUGAAAGCGUCAGCGUAUAUACUUGGAACAUCCGGGUCGAGUAUAAUAUACAAGGCGGUGUUGGAGGACGGUACGGCGUUGGCGGUUAGACGGAUAGGGGAAAACGGGUUGGAGCGGUUUAGGGACUUUGAGAACCAAGUUCGGGUCAUUGCGAAACUGGUUCACCCGAAUCUGGUUCGGAUUCGGGGAUUUUAUUGGGGUGCGGAUGAGAAGCUUGUUAUUUACGACUACGUUCCGUAUGGCAACUUAUCCAAUGCACGCUAUAGGAAGGUUGGAUCAUCGCCUUGUCCGCUACCGUGGGGUGUACGGCUUAAGAUAGCAACAGGCACGGCCCGUGGGCUGGCGUACAUCCAUGACAAAAAGCAAGUGCAUGGGAAUCUCAAACCGAGUAACAUUUUGUUAGGAUCCGAUAUGGAGCCUAAGAUAGGAGAUUUUGGGCUUGAAAGGCUACUGGCAGGCGAUCAGAGUUGCAAAGUGGGUGGAUCGACCCGAACAUUUGGUAGCAAGAGGUCAACCACUUCUCGAGACGGCUUUACCGAUAUGGUCAUUGGGCCAAAGUUGAGCCCAAGCCCAAGUUCCAUGGGCUGCAUUUCUCCAUAUUACGCACCGGAGUCACUAAGAAACCUAAAGCCCAACCCAAAGUGGGACGUGUACUCGUAUGGUGUUGUAUUGCUUGAACUUCUAACAGGGAAGGUUUUUGUGUCAGACGAGUUUGGACCCGCUAGUAUGACGUGGAGCACCACGUUGACGGUUGAAGAGAAGAAAAAGUUGUUGCGAAUGGUUGACGUGGCGAUUCGAGCUGACAUGGAAGGCAAAGAGGUAUCAUUGUUGGGGUUGUUGAGAGUGGCUUACAGUUGUAUAUCACCGGUCCCACAGAAGAGACCACAUAUGAAAGAGGUGCUACAUGUUCUUGAAAAAUUUCCUUGUGGAGAUAUGUGUUUUUUAUGAUUGAUUUAAACAAAUAAUCGGUUGUUUGAAUUUAAAUUCUAUUGUCUUGUC